AUACUUUUCUCCAUUAUACACAUUUCCGUGUAUGUAUAUAUAAGAACCUCACAUACACGCACCAUCAUACAAACAUCCUCCUCCUCCUCUUCAUCAUCAACAUAGUUGAGAAAGAUAAAAAAUAAAGAGGGAGAGAAAGAGAAAGAAACACAUCAAGAACAAGAAUCACGAAUCAAGAAGAUGGGAAGAGCACCGUGUUGUGACAAGGCUAACGUGAAGAAAGGGCCUUGGUCUCCUGAAGAAGAUGCAAAGCUCAAAGAUUACAUCGAGAGUAGUGGCACAGGAGGCAACUGGAUCGCUUUGCCUCAGAAGAUUGGUCUAAGGAGAUGUGGGAAGAGUUGCAGACUAAGGUGGCUUAACUAUUUGAGACCUAACAUCAAACAUGGUGGCUUCUCUGAGGAAGAGGACAACAUCAUUUGUAACCUCUAUGUUACUAUUGGUAGCAGGUGGUCUAUAAUUGCUGCACAAUUGCCUGGAAGAACAGACAACGAUAUCAAGAACUAUUGGAACACGAGGCUGAAGAAGAAGCUUCUUAACAAACAAAGAAAAGAGUUCCAAGAAGCUCGGAUGAAGCAAGAGAUGGUGAUGAUGAAACGACAGCAACAAGGACAAUGCCAAAGUAAUGGUAGUACGGAUCUUUAUCUGAACAACAUGUUUGGAUCAUCACCAUGGCCAUUACUGCCUCAGCUUCCUCCUCCUCAUUGUCAAGUACCUCUUGUGAUGAUGGAACCAACAAGCUGCAAUUACUACCAACCGACACCGUCUUGCGCAUUAGAGCAAAAGCCAUUGAUCCCACUCAAGAACAUGGUCAAGAUUGAAGAAGAACCGGAGAGAUCAAACCCUGAUCAUCAUUAUCCGGAAGACUCAAUGACAAACUCUUUUGAUCUUUCCUUUUCUCAGCUUUUGUUAGAUCCUAAUUACUACCUGGAAUCAGGAGGAGGAGAAGGAGAGUUUGCUCUCAUGAGUAGCAGUACGAACUCUCCAUUACCAAACACAAGUGAUGAUCACCAUCAACAUCAAAAAGAGAUUACUCAAUGGUUUGGGAGUGGUAAUUUUCAAACAGAAGCUAUCAAUGAUGUGUUCUUAAACAACAACAACUUAGCGAAUUUUGAGACCAACGAUGAGAACGCAAAACUAUAUGCAAACUCAUCAGUAACCGGAGCUGGAGCAGCGUUUGCCGGAGGAACGACGAGUACAUCGGCUGAUCAAAGCACAAUAAGUUGGGAGGACAUAACCUCUCUUCUUAAAUCCGAUGAUGCAAGUUACUUCAAUGGGCCAAAUCAUGUGUAAUUUUUUCUGCAAAAUUUUAUUUUUACUUAUAUAUAUA